GCCGACAGGUUGUGUCGACACAACAACAACCUGUUGGCGGGAAGGAUACAAUUAUUACUUGCCAAAGGCGUUCAACCGGUGGGUCAUCGGGAACCAUUCCGAAGAAGAAGGUGAUCGCCGGACCUCCUUCGAAUCUUCCGGUGAGCUCGCGUGCUGGUGCCAGGUCACACUCGUGGGACACCUCUCAACGUCGAAUGGACGAGGAGUCAGACGAAGAGACGGAGGAUGAUGCACGGGUUCGGCAAGUGCAUUCGACGUUGAUAGCGACGCCAGGGCGCAUCCAGGACGAAGGCUCUUGCGAUGUGAAUGCGCGGCGACGAAGUGGUGGAGGUGCCGAAGCUCGGGUGAGGGACGAUGGAGAACACGACGAGGAUGAGAGGAAGUGUGGUAGUGGCGAGCGGCGAGAACACGUUCGAGGAGCGGUUGACCAUAUGGAGUGGGAAAAGGUUGCGGUGAGCGGUGGGGUGGGCGGUGGCAGUGUUGGUGGUUCGGAAAUGGAAGACGAGGAAUUGGAAGACGAAGGAGGAGAUGUCGGUGUUUCCGCGGGGCUAACUUCCAAGAGGAAGGGAAAACGCACAGCGCAAUCGUCGUGGACGCCAGCUACGCCUAAGAAGCAGGCUCGAAGGAAAGCUGUGGACGAAGCUCGGGUCGCCUUGGAUGCAUCUCAAGGGAAGCUUGGUGAAGCCGAUAUGAAAUGCAAAUCAAGUUGCUCGGGUUCGCAAAACAUUCUUCCAAUUCCCAUGGGAGAUAUCGCCUUCAACCAGCGAUCGUUGAACCCGACCAUCGUUGCAGGCAUCGAAGCGGCAAUCGAUGCAUCAACUCGUCCAACGUCAGAGGAUGAUCCGGCUCCGUGGGAUCCACAGGAGUUGGUGCUGGCUCUGAUUACGCCAUCAAUGGACGAGAACAGCCAAGAGGUACGCAUCCUUCCACAUGACUUCGAUCCCGAUAGGGCAAAUGAGUAAUUCUAUUACCCGGUUGCCGGUCAACAUACUUCCGAAGCUAUGAAAAAAGCAGUGACGAACAAAUCUACAGCAGUGGA